UUUCCUCUAGAUUUUCUAGUUUGUAUGCAUAAAGGUGUUCAUAGUAGUCUUGGAUGAUCUUUUGGCUUGUGCAGGUGGAUGGUGUUGCUGGCAAUUUGGGUUGGUUGAACUUCAGACUCUUGGGUGAGUGUUCAGGUGCCAGCAGUGGUGGACUAGGUUAGGUAAUCCCCAGUUCCCAGGCACCCGGAUGGCACGCUUGAGUGCUGGGGGAACCAGAGACCAGGCUGGCAAACCUGCCCUCAAGCCUCCCUGAGUUCAGGCACUGGCUGUGAUGAUGGACAGGGGCAUGAGCUGCUCUGAAAGAAUUCUCAGGCAGGAGAAGGGCAGAUGCACUGUGAGCCUGCCACAGGAGGGGCGGAACCCUCCUGACAAGAUGAGCAGAGGCAGGCAGCUGUGGUAUGCACAAGCUGCUCACACCUCCCUCUCUCAGCAGUGACGGCAGUCUCUGUCCUCCAGGGGCACCAAAGCACCCAGAUUCCCAGCUCCCACCCUGACCCAGCUGCAGCAGAGAUGGUGGGGGCAGCUCAACCGACUAUGUGAAGGGCUACCGCACUAGCUGUGCACUGUGGCCGAAAUGCUCCAGUGGGGGAGGUGCGAUUGUGUCAGGAACUUACCUCCAGGGAGGGUGGGGUCCUCCCAGAAGAGCCCUGUAGCUCAGGGAGAGGUCUGCUAGCCCUUCCCUCCUUGGAGGGAGGUGGUAGCUUUUGUCUUUAGGGCACACAAAAGCCCUUGCUGUGGCUUUUUAGAGGGAAAGCAGUGAGCCCCAAGCUCCAUGGAAUACUGGGUGUGAUAGGUGCUCUGUUAGAGGUGGGGCGGCCACAGGAAAGUGCCCUGGCUUAAUCUUCCCCUGUGGAGCCCCUCGCUCUCCAAGUGGAAACAGCCAUGGCUGCCUCAGCAGCAGUGGGUGGGGAAGGAGAGGAGGAGGAGAAUGCCUCAAAUUGUGGGGAGCUGGUGCCCUGGUCCCCUUUGUCCUAAGGGGCCCUCGGGGCAUGCUGCAUUCUCUUCUCAGCUGGAAGCAGCCCACCCUGAAAGCCCAAGCUACAUUCACAGUUUACCUUUUGAAUAUUUUUCCUAUGGAGGAAGGAGCCCAUAGAGUCACAGUGCUUAGUGCCCAUGAGUGUCAUAACGCUGCUCUGAUCCGGAAGUGUUCUCUGAAGCUGGGCUGAAGUAAAGGAUACUUAGGCAUGGAGAGUGCUGAUGGCGUGCUCAGCUCCCACAUUGAUGGCCAAGACAAGAAGAAGGAUGGGCAGCCCGGGAGUUCCAGCCUGGCCUAUGGUGUCUUGGACGUCCCUCCGUGGUAUCUCUGCAUCUUCUUGGGGAUUCAGCACUUCCUCACUGCCCUGGGGGGAAUCGUGGCGGUGCCGCUGAUCCUGGCCAAGGACCUGUGCCUGCAGCAUGACCCCCUGACCCAGAGCUACCUCAUCAGCACCAUCUUCUUCGUCUCUGGCAUCUGCACUCUCCUGCAAGUGUUUUUAGGGGUCAGGCUGCCCAUUCUCCAGGGAGGGACAUUUGCUUUUUUGGCACCCACUCUGGCCAUGCUCUCCCUUCCUGAAUGGAAGUGCCCUGAGUGGACACUCAAUGCCAGCCAGGUGAACACCAGCUCCCCGGAAUUCACUGAGGAAUGGCAGAAGAGGAUCCGAGAGUUGCAGGGCACAAUCAUGGUGGCUUCCUGUGUCCAGAUGCUAUUGGGCUUCUCAGGCUUCAUUGGCUUUCUCAUGCGCUUCAUCGGCCCCUUGACCAUUGCUCCGACCAUCUCCCUGGUGGCCCUGCCUCUCUUCGAUCCUGUGAGCAGUGAGGCCGGGAUCCACUGGGGGAUUUCUGCCAUGACCAUCUUCCUCAUCGUGCUCUUUUCUCAGUACCUGAAAAACAUCGCGGUGCCCGUGCCUGCUUACGGAGGAGAGAAGAAGUGCCACACCUCCAAGUUCCACCUCUUUCAGGCCUUCCCUGUGCUGCUGCCCCUCUGCAUCUCCUGGUUCAUCUGCUUCAUGCUCACGGUCACCAACGCCCUCCCCAUGGACCCGUCAGCCUACGGGUACCUGGCGCGCACCGACACCAAAGGCAACGUCCUGAGCCGGGCGCCUUGGUUUCGCUUCCCUUACCCAGGGCAGUGGGGCCUCCCCACUGUCAGCGUGGCGGGGGUCUUCGGGGUCAUCGCGGCGGUGAUCUCCUCCAUGCUGGAGUCGGUAGGUGAUUACUACGCCUGUGCCCGGCUGGUGGGCGCCCCGCCCCCGCCGAAGCACGCCAUCAACCGGGGCAUCGGCAUCGAGGGCCUCGGCUGCCUGCUGGCGGGGGCCUGGGGGUCAGGGAGCGGCACCACCUCCUACAGCGAGAACGUCGGGGCUCUGGGCAUCACCAAGGUGGGGAGCAGGAUGGUGAUUGUCGCCGCGGGCUGCGUGCUGCUCCUGAUGGGCAUGUUUGGGAAGAUUGGGGCUGUGUUUGCCACCAUCCCAAGCCCUGUGAUUGGAGGCAUGUUCCUGAUCAUGUUUGGGCUUAUCACCGCCGUGGGGAUCUCCAAUCUGCAGUACGUGGACAUGAACUCAUCCAGGAACCUCUUUGUCUUUGGCUUCUCCGUGUACUGUGGGCUCGCCGUUCCCAGCUGGGUGAACAAGAACCCCAAGAUGCUCCAGACAGGGAUUCUCCAGCUGGACCAGGUCAUCCAGGUGCUGCUCACCACCGGCAUGUUUGUUGGUGGAUUUCUGGGCUUUCUCCUGGACAACACCAUCCCAGGCAGUAAGGAGGAGCGAGGCCUUGUGGUGUGGAAUCAAAUGCAGGAGGCGUCUGAGGAGACCCUGAAGGCCUCGGAGGUCUACGCUCUCCCCUGGGGGGUUGGCACCAAGUUCUGCACGUCCCCCUUCUUCCAGCGCCUCCCGUUCUGGCCCCGGCGGGGACCCGUGGGGACGGCGGCGGAGGCGGACCAGAGCCGGCUCACCCUCUGCUCCCAGGACGCCUCAGAGACCAGGAUGUGAGCACCGCCCCUCUCCACACACCCUCCCGCCACCCGGAACGGGCGGAUCCCCGCGCCUCCCCCACCUGCACUGGUGGCAGCCGAAGAAGUGCAAGAUCGUGGCCAGCGUGCUCCCACCUGGCCGCUUGGUCACCGCGUCCGGCCUCAGGCGUGGCAAGAGUGUCGCGGUGUCCACACUUUCCCUGCUUUCACACGCGCUCUUGGCAGUAUUUGAUGUGUUGGGAGGAAGAGGCCUGCGCUAGGGCAGGGCUGGAGAUGGGGCUGUUUGCUGAGAAGGGACAGAAUGGUUCUCUUCUUCUCCGAGGGGGCAGGGGGCCUGUGGCCUCGCUGUCCCCUCCCUCUCUGGGCCCGUCCCCAAAGCCGGGCGGGAGCGCCCCCUCUUCCUGCACCUCCUCUGGGUUCCCGGCGCUCCAACCCCCUCCAGGCCAGGGAGGGCCGGGAGCCAAAGCCCAGGUGUGGCAGGGCUGGACUUAGCCUGCUCAGACCCCUGACUGUCUACCAGAGUGGACUGCAGGCUGCUGGGCAGCUGAGCUGGAUCUGCUACCUUGGGCUUCUCCAGAAAUUUCCACUGUUUCCCUAGGGGACUCAGUCUUAUGACUUGGCCUUUUGAUGGGCACUGGGUCCUACUAGCAAGAAAAAGACAUCCAUGCCCUCUCUCAACACCUCCUUCCCCAUUAAGAACGCUAUGCCUCCUUGGCCAAACCCCUCCUCCUGGAGAAGGAAGGGGAGACAUUUUGCUGGGGUGCAGAGAAGGGGAACAUCUGACAUUGUUCCAGAGGCUGUUUCCAGCAUGGGCUCUCCUGCCCACCACCCCCACCAUUCACCCAUCUCUGCUUGACAUUGGGUGGGUGGAGUUGGCUCCUGUAACCUACUUUACAAGGCUUGGUGAUUUCCUGGGCAGGAAGGGUGUGUGUUCUUGUGUGUUAGAAGUCGGGGUGGUGUGGGGGGUCCACUAAGUACAGUUCUGUCACUAAUGUGGGUAGAAAAGCCACACCUCCCUGCUCUGAGUGCAGACACCAUAGAGACAGGUGUGUGUGGGAAGGCAGGGGUGAGAAGAUUGGAGACCUGGUAGUCUCAGCCUUGUUUCCUUCCCUCCCCGAGCUCCUGCAUUAAAACCUUCCAAUAGCCUU